AAUUAGUGCAGCAAAUCAGCAAAAUAUCUCAAACCGCCAAACUAAUAGCACACGGGAAACGGACGCGGAUCGACCCGCCCGACCGAACCGAGAGCAGCAGAUCCGGAGAGUCCGGAGUGUGAUAUACACACAGUCACGGGAAGCACAGCAGCAGCAGCACGGUUUUGCGAAGACGACGACAACGUUCGAUCGCUGCCCCGGUGUUGCGCGCGUGUGUGUGCGUUUGUGGUGGGUUUUUCCUUCUGCUGCGUUACUUCGACUGGCUGACCGAGCCGCACGCAUAACGGGUUUGGCAGUCCGACCGGACCGAUAUACGGGGAAGAAAAACUCCGGCUGAGCAUUGUGUGUGGUGUGUGUGUGUGUGUGUGUGUCGAUGGCGCGGGACAUGCCGUUGUGUUGUGGUCGUCGUCUUCUUGGUCGCCGUCGUCGUCAGUGGAUCGUGGGAACACCGGGCGCGAUGUUUAGCCGUGCUCUUGUGCUGCACUACCCAGCACAGUAGUCACCAAAUAGUGUGUCCCCAACAAUAGCACCAAAGUUUUUCCGUUAGAAAGAAAGCAACAUUCGGUGCAUUAACGUUGGUGUGAGUGUGUAUGUGUGUUCGUGUGAUAAGUGUACGUGUGAUUGAAUAUAUCUGCAUAUCGUGAAAAAUACGACGUCCCACAGUGUGUGUGUGUGUGUGUGUGUGAAUCAACCACAUUUUCGUAUCCCGGCACCACUUUCUGCGGAUUUUGCUCAAUAUUUUGGCACGCACCGCCAUCAAAGGGGAAACGCGUGCCGUGUUCUGGUGGCUGGUGGUUCUGUUUCGUGCAGUUGCAAAGCAGCACCAUCAGCGCAACAGCAAUAACAACAGAAAAAUCCCUACCCAUGUGUGUGAAAAUCUUCGGCGCGCACCCCAUUAUCAGCUGCUGGCCUAGCUUCCACAAAUUUCCAAAACCAUCCGCCGUCACCACGACGGUGCGCGCUCCAAAUGCUGCAAUAAAUCCAUUUGCGCUGGGCGCGAUAUCAACCUUCUGUGAGUGUGUGUGAUUGUGUGUGUGUGAAUAGAGGAAGGAGAAGCGGGGUGAAGAAGAAAUAAACACACAAUGCACGCGUGUGUGCGUGGUGCGUGUUGUUGUUGCUGUGCAGCCCGGUAGUAAUGCAAAGUGCAUCGUCGCUGGGUCUUUUUGUUUGUUCCGUCAAUUUUGGUCACCUCACGGAACCAGCCCCUCCAUCUGUGUGACUCGUCUGCGUGUGGUGUAUGUGUGUGUGAUGUAUUGCUGCUGCUGUACGACAAAAGUAUGCUCUUGGUGCCAACAUGCCCAGAUGAACGACGGCGGCUGGCCGCUGAUACGUUGAUGCACUACACCGUGAAGAGUGCCAAACCAGCAGAUAGUAGUGGUGGUGGGAUGUUGUGGUAAUGGGUAAACCACACAGGAGGGUGCAUGUGCGAGUGUUUUGUGGUGGUGAUUCGGUGUGAUAAUCAGUAAGAGGCGCAAUCGCCCCCCAAAACUAAUCAACGAUCAUAAAGCGCCCACUCUGACGUCGUCGACAGGGCAAACGCAAGAAAGUGUGAAAAUAGGAAGCGUGCAAUAAUACAUUUUACCCAGAAAUGGUUGAAAUUGCUCAAGCAAAGGCAGCAAGCGUUGUCGUCGUCCCUCGUGCUCCUCAUACACACGUACGCCACACACUGUGAAUGUGUGCCCUUUGCCUGAAGGGAGUGGAGUCGCCAGCAACAACGCACCUCCCGCGUGGUGCAUGUCUAACAGUACAGCAAAAGAUCACUCAUAUCAACUAGACAACAUUGGCAAAUAACACAUUAGCAAAUAAGGUAACCCGAGAGAUAGAGAGAGAGAGUAAAAAGGUAAACGUACAAAAGCACAAUCAAAAUCCAAUACAAUAACAUAGCGCGCUUAGCACAGUGCGAAGCGAAGGAGGAACGACGUCAAACACACAGCAGUGAGCCCAGCCCCAACAAUACACAAAUCAACAUGGUGGACACGCAGCACUUCUGUCUGCGAUGGAACAACUACCAGAGCAGUAUCACGUCGGCCUUCGAAAACCUGCGCGAUGACGAGGACUUUGUGGACGUGACGCUGGCAUGCGACGGUCGCAGCCUCAAGGCGCACCGCGUCGUCCUGUCCGCUUGCAGCACAUACUUCCGCGAGCUACUGAAGAGCACACCAUGCAAACAUCCCGUGAUAGUGCUGCAGGACGUGGCGUUCACGGACCUGCACGCGCUGGUCGAGUUCAUCUACCACGGCGAGGUGAACGUGCAUCAGCGGUCACUGAGCUCCUUCCUGAAGACGGCCGAAAUUUUAAGAGUGUCCGGCCUGACCCAGCAGCAGGCGGAAGAAACGCACGGCAUGCAUGCUUCGCUCGGGGCCAAUCUGCCGUCGGGCGUCGUCCAUCAUCCGAUCUACCCGGAGAAGAUGCUGGACGAUUCGCUGUACGUAUCGCAAGGCGCCUCCCCUCCGCCCCACCUGUCCAGCCUGCACAACAGCUCCUCGCCGAACAGUGGGGGAGUGGGCGGCGGCAACAGUAAUGGCGGCGGGGCACCGAUGGUCAACCAGCUGCUGAAGCGGGCGGCGGCCGCGGCAGCGCUCCGGCGGGAACGGAACAACUCCGUCCAUUCGGACGAGAUGGCGCUCAAGCGGCACCGGAUGUCGGUCGACAGCAAUGGGCCAACGAAUCCGCGCGACCACCUGGACGUGAUCUGCAGCACGCCCCAGACGACGGCGACCGACUUUUCGUCGAGCGCGGCCAAGCAGCACCUCAGUUUGCCAUCGCCCCAGGGAAAGGAUCAAAUGCGGCAACAGGACAGCUUAUCCGGUCAUGCCAACAGUGGCAGCAACAGUUUCUCCAUCAACAGCGCGAGUAACUUAAUAAAAAGUAGUAUUAAUAACAAUAACAACAACAUCAACAACAACAACAACUUGAACAACAACCUGUUGCACAGCAAGGAAAACAGUGGCGUCGGCGGCGGCGGCCCGGGCGGUCUGUGCGGUUCCGGCGGCAGCAUGCCCACCUCGCUCGGCACCUCGAACGGCAGCAACGCGGGCAGCCUCUGCUCGGCGGAAAAGGAAAGCCUAGCGUCCUCGCCGUCGGAACGGUCGGCCGAGGACGUGAAGUCGGAACCGCUCGAGCUGCUGUGCGGUACGGGCGGUGAUCACGAAAACAGCUCGGACUCGGUAACGGACGAUCAUGGCGACCUGGUGAAGGGUGGACUGGACGUGAAGGGCUCUUUGCGAUCGCCAAACGACCAUGAGCUUGAGAGCAGUAUGCACCACCACAGCGGGGCACAGUUUCUCAUGAACGCUAGCGAAAAUAAACUCUUUCCCACGCCGCCCUCGUUUAACUUUUCCAUGGCAGCACUAGCGGCAGACCCGUCCGCACUGGCAGGAUUCAGCACACAGGCCCUACAGGCAGUGGAGUUGGCCGGCUCGCCACAGGGCAUGAGCAUUGCGGCUAGUAUGGCGGCAUCCCAGCGCUCAGCAUCCCCACCGGACGGUGGUGGCGGCGGCGGCGGCGGCUCGUCCGUCCACGGAGGGCACGGUAUGAACCGGCUGUCGCUUCCGCUGCCGCUGGCCGCGUGCCACCGGUGCGACGUGUGCGGCAAGCUGCUGAGCACGAAGCUGACCCUCAAGCGGCACAAGGAGCAGCAGCACCUGCAGCCGCUAAACAAUGCGGUGUGCAACCUGUGCCACAAGGUGUUCCGCACGCUGAACAGCCUGAACAAUCACAAGAGCAUUUACCACCGCCGGCAGAAGAUCCUGCACCACCAUCAUCACGCCCACCACCAUCCCCUGCACGGGCAGCAUCCGUUCGCGGUCGGGGGCGGCCCCGGUGCCGGCGGCCCUGGCGGUGGCGGCGGGGGCGGUGCGGUCAGCCCGCUGCACCACGGAGCGGCACAUGCGGCGGUGACGGCGGCGGCCGUUGCGGCGGCCGCUGCCGCCGCCGGUGGCCAUCACGAGCUGCUGAACAACAAUGCUACCGGCGCCACCGACUGUGAUAUCAAGCAUAAUAGUGUCGCGGCCAAGCUCGAAUACAUGUAAAUAAUACUAGCGAAGAGAAGAUGACGAAGGGCAACACAAAUGGGAGAAAAACGCGCUGUGCACGAAGCAACUAAGUAGUAGUAGCGAGGCACGCGUGGUGUGGUCCUCGUCACCAGACGGAAGUGGAGUAGUAGCAGGAGGAGAAAAACAAAAUGCAACAAAACAUGGUGGUGCGUGCAGCCAGCACAUCAUCUUAAAAUCAUCUCAGAACAAUGAUCAAUUGUAACAUAUAUGUAAUGUAUGUGAGUGUGUGUGUGGGUGUAUGUAUAUAUAAACGGGCGGCAACAGCUCGAACGUCCUUCUCCGGAAUAAGGCAACAGAUGAACAAAUAUCUCCCACUCUUUCUCUCGCUCUCGCUAUCCCUCUCGCCACCUCUGUUCUGUUCCAAAUUAUGUCUCGAUCGCUCGUCGUUAGUCUCUUACUCGUGAAGAUCUAGACCUAUGUACAAGUAUGGAUAUACUCGGAUAAUUGAACCCGAAAAUAAAAAGGAAAUGCCACUUUUUUCCAACCCAGUGAGAAUCUUCGAUAGAGAUUCCUCUGUGUUUCAAUUAUUUUUUUUGUUUACCAAAACUGAAAACGAAUUUAGAAGAAGAGUUUAUGCGAUCCGAGCAUUAGUAGUGGGGGUGGUGCAAAAGCAGAUCUGAAAUUGGGUUUGGUUUAUUUAGUUUAGAAAUUGGGUUUAUGAUUGCAAUAGAAAAGCAAAGAAGAGGAAGCAGAAAAGGUAGAGCAGGACGACGUGUUUAUGGAAUGAAUGGAAUGUGUUUAUUUUUUUUUAUUUUUGCCAAUUAUGUGUUAAUUUUUAAUAGUUGAUUUAUAUUCUACCCUUCCCCACAACUUCACCCAUGGAAAAUACCUUGUUUUGUUGAGCCUUUUACUAUUAUGAAUACACAUUUAUUACGCGCAUAUUGAAUUAUUUAGUAGGUUUUUAGUAGUAGUGAGGAGAAUAAUAACAUUUUUCUUAACAAAAUGUUUUGUUUGCCCCAUCGAUAUAUCGAGGACAGCGCAUGGAGAGGGAAAACUAUCCCAGCAUUAGAUAUCUUUGAACAAAUCAAAACAAAACCCCGAAUGUGUGCGUGUGUGCCCAUUGUUAUUAUGUGGUCAAAGCUACUAAACCAUUUCCUUCUUUUUCGAUCGGCGUUCUCUGGUCAUUGUUGUUAAGUAUGAAAUUGUAUCAUCUCGUUCGUUUAUUUAUCAGUUUAGCUUUGUUUCAAUGGCGCACUCCUGUUGAAACGUAUUUCUAAUUUAGCGAAAUUCUGAUUUUAAUCGUCUUGUGUUGUUGUCCAAAAGUGAAAACGAAAACGGAAACCAAAGGUAUAAGUUUGUUUGGUUCGGUACGAAACGCCACAAAACCCCGCCACGAUCGCUGGACUGUGCGUGAAAUUAUUCUAAAGACUGAUUUUUCAUACCAUUUUGGGUUGUUUAAACUAUUGUGUUUUUGUUGCGUGGUUGUGUAGCGGUGUGGUGUGGAGCAUUAGAUUUAGAACAACGUCGUUUAGCAUUUAAACAUUAUUUAAUUUUUCUUACUUAAAAAAAUUGAUAUAAAUUAGCAAAAUUAAUCGCAACGAAACGGAAGGAUUGGGAAACAAAACCCCCAAAUACACACCCUCACAAAAAGUUUAUGUUGAAAAAAAAAAAGAAAACAUCUUUUGAUAGCAUUUUCCACCAAUAUGUUUAGUAUGCUGUACGUAACUGAGGGUGUGUGUAAGCCAAAAAAAAGAAACAGUGUUAAAGCGCCACCACAUUGAAAUGGAAGGAAAUAUCAUUCAAAGCAAUUAACAACGGUACACACACACAAACAUAUACGAAACCAAGAAUCUUUGUUGUGCAUAAAUUAAUUAGGGCAUGAAAAAACUGGGGCAAAAGGAAGCAAAGGUUUAGUUUUAUACAACAAAACAAAUGGCUUAAAGCUCGUAAGAAAAACGCGGAGGGACACUUUUCUUCCCGGCCGUUCGGUGCAGUCUUCGUGCCUGGCCCAAACAAGGGAACACGGAUCGCAUGGAAAAAAACCCGCAUUAUGCUGCCACUCUUCCAUUAUACUUACCUUUACGAUUAUGAUGUAUCUGCUUCAAUAUUAUUAUUAUUUUUUGUGUUUUGCAUUCGCUUAUUUUACUGCGUAAUGCAAAUGAAAAACUAAUGAGAAAAUCCAUGUUUUAGUGCGUAAGUUUAGAUGAAAUACUAUAUAGUUUGUGUGUAAUUAUAUUUGCACCUGGGCCGGUCGGUUAAGUUUAGAAGAAAGAUUCUACAAAACCUAGCACUAAGCUAGGAAAGAGAGAAAGAGUAUGAGGGUGAGAGAGAAGUGAAAAUAGAAAGAGAGAAAGAGUGAGAAAAUGAGAGAGAUAGAAAGAGCGAUAGUGGAGAAAGACAGAAAAGUAGUAGCAAGGAAGGUAGAAAAAGUAUACAGUGGAAGCAAACUCUCGAGCAAAAGAGAAAUAGCAGUGUCCAUUUUCCUGUUGUUUUUUAAACUGCCGGCAGUCGGCAAGAUACGCUGUAUGUUAAGUUUAAAUGAAAAGUUUUUUCUUUCUUUUUUACUACCUAAACACCUUAAUACCCCCUUUAAGCUUAAGAAAACUGUAAUGAUGUGUUUUAUUAUUAUCAAACUGUCUUAAUACCAUUUCCCCCUUUUUUGGCGGUGCCGCCCCUGCUCCGUUUUGCUUAAGUCAAUAUUCGAUGCGUUGCCUGUUCUGUUAAGUUAGUUAUAUAGCUCUGUUCUGUUUUGUGUGUUAUGUGUGGCUGCACAAUGUUGGUGGGGAUGUCUCGCUGCUUGUGAGACUGUUGGCAUAUUUUUCUUUUUCAAUUUUCUACGACACGAUGUGGCCCUGAUUGUUGCAGAUAGAACGAGAGUAAUUCAGUACAACCUGUUACACGCUCAUUUAUUUUACUUGCCCGUUAACGUUUUCAUUGGCAUUUCAAAUGUGGAACGUGCCACAGAACCAACUGAGUGGUUUGUUUUUGGCUGACCUGAAGAAUUUUGUUCUGCUUAGUGCAACACGAGAAUCACGUGUUUUUAAGCAUCUAACCAUGGCCUAAUAGGUGACAGCAAAUCAACCAAUGGUGGUGCACGAGCAUUGUUACUCAUGGCAUUUUUGGUACAUCUGCUAAUAGAUUUUUUUUAAACUUAUUCAAUCGAGAAAUAAUAGCCAAACAGCGAGAGUGAGAGAGAAAAAAAGAGAUCGGUAUAUAGGAGGGAAAUGUUAAACAUAAUUUCUCCACUGUCGAUGUGCAAAGACUCAUAUAAAUGGCGCAACCCCAUUCAGAGAAUUUUACUGUAAAAGACGAAGAUAGGAUGGAAUUGCAUAUAAUGUAAAAAAAAAACAAAUCGUGAGCCACUCAGCAGCACAACAUAAAACAAAAUUAUAGAUAAAAACGCGGAAAAAACUAUAACAUUUAGAGAUUGUGUGGCCUGCAAUGUUACAAUAUAUGACUGAUUAGAUACUAAAUCAAGAGUAAAUUAUAUUUGAGGUGGACGUGGAGAGGAUAUUGCAAUGAAAUGUAGCUCCACACAUAUUUGGACAAACCACGAAUUUGGAAUACAAAAUUCGAACCUUAAAGAGAGAGAGAGAAAGAGAGAGAGAGAGAGAGAGAGAGAGAGAGAGAGAGAGAGAGAGAGAGAGAGAGUGAGAGAGAUUAAAUAAUAAAAGCGGGAAAACAAGCAAGAACAAUUGGAUGCGUAGUGGAUGUUCGAGCAAAUGUGUAAGAAUCUUAUCGAAAUUUAAGCAGAGUGUAAUAAUUUGAAAAAGAGCACCACAAUUAUGGAGAGAGAAUGGGUCAAAAAGACAAAUUUAUGAUGCGACGAAAAAGUUACCAAAACUGAUUUAGUAUUACAAAAAAGGGGACAAGAACACACACAAAUACACGCUGAAAAAGGCAUUUUUUACGGGCUGGCUAAAGUGGACACCGCACAGGGCUGCAAUUUCCUGUGAAUGAAAACGCAGUGCAACAAGAGGGGAUGAAAGUGCAAGAACAAAUUGUGCAAGGGAGAAAUUAGAGACGGGGAGAGGGCAGAUUACGGGAAGGGAAAACGUUUUACCCUCUAGGGCUGACUGGUUCUGUAUGUAUACGGGCGACUUCAGACAACAUAUAGGUAUGGUAUGUAUAUUUUCGAUACAGUACAAUAUCGAAGUAAGCGAUUUUGCAUUUCGCCGCGUAUCAUUGGCGUGUGAUUUAUUUUGUAGAACCUUUUUCCUACCGUUUCGGAAGAAACUAUUAGCCACCGCUCUACCGGUACGGUGUCGGGCGGCAUGGCGUGCAAAAUUCAAAAUUAACCCAAAGUACUUGUUAAUAAUUGGCGCGGUGUGAGAGCACGCGCAGGCACAACACCCGUAAACAAGAAGAAGGAGAGACAAAAAAACAACAAAAUUAACUAAAACAAAACGAAAAAAGGGAAAAAAUAAUAAGAAAAAACCUAUUUGUGAUUGUCUAAAAGACUGAAAAUUAAUAAUAUUGUUGAAUUGGCAAAAAUGCUCCCCACUUACGAAUAAGCGACCAGAAACCAUUAAAAUACGUGCGCUGGUGUGUAUGAUUGUAAACAAAAAAUAAGAAAAACAAACAAAAGUCUGAAUAUUUAAUUUGUAUUUCGAAACAUUUGUGAAAAUCACGAUGCGUACGCUUGAAAGCAAAAUUAGAGGAAGGAGAUUAGAAGAAGGUGAGAUAUGAAAACCAAAAUUAGAAAAAUAUUUGUUUAUAAAUUUAAUUUUACCAUCUGGCAAUUGGCGGUUUUGAGAGAAAGACGAGAGAGUUUAUUUUUUUAUUUAUUUUUUUCUCAAUUUUAUCUUUAUUUUAUUUAUUUUCCUCGUUGGAUAUGUACGAUGAACGGCAGAGAAUGGGUGAAAAAGAGAGAAAAUGUUUUAGAACGACGAUGUGCAAAGUUCGUGAAACGGAAUGUUGAAAAAAAAACACACACACAACUCUUUAUUGUAAUAACAUCUCAACAAAAAAAAGUAAGAACUCCCCAAUUUUUCACGCGAAAAUGAUAAAAGAGCAAAGUGCAAGCUGUGGAAAUAUACCCCCUCAGAUGCGAUCGAAAUUGCUAUUGUUUUAUCUUUGCAAAUUGUGCAAAACUGCCCGCUAUUGCAGGUGAUUGCAAGAAUGCACUCACACAAUGCAUAACAAAAUGGCAUAAGAAAACUUACAACCAAUGAGCCAAACAAACAUACCCUUACAAACGUCAUGUCGAGUAAUGAUCAGGGUAACAAUCAAUUUUUCACACAAUACACUCAUCUCCCCCCCUUUCAUCGAGACACGGUCAAACGUUGUAACCGAACAGAACAUAAGCAGCCAAGUUUAAUCGAUGUGUUUUUGUCGUAAGAACGACUCCUUGACAGUUUAAAUAAAAUAGCAUUGCAAAACAAAACAAAACAAAGCAACAGAAACGAUAAAUCGACACUCUAUAGCGGAUUGUAAAAUAACAUAAAAUAAUUCAAAUCAAACAACAGCAGCUAAUACAUACAGAUAGACAAAUCUUACAAACGGUACACACCUUAAUGUUAAAAGAAGUACACAAAAACAGAAACUCUCAUCUAAUAAACCUAAUAAAAACACAAAUCAAUGGAAAGCAAACAGUCCCCGAGUGGUGAUGGAGAAAUACAUUUAAAAAAAAUAUAGAAGAAGACCCCCGACUCAUAGGCGUUGCAGUUAUAGCUACCGUAAGUAAUACAAUAAAAGGGACAAACAGCGAAACAUUACACAAACUUAAGCCGCGUACUUCUCCGGUGCCAGCAAGUAAUUGCGCUGGGGAAACUCUUGAAAUCGCUAACGCUAAUGUUUAACAGAUGGGCGAAAUAAACAAAACACUUAACGAAAACAAUAUGUAGGCCGGAGAACAAGCAAAGCAACCGGCAAAAGCCCUGGUGUUUUGUUGAAUUGCGAGUCAACACAGGGAUAAGAAGCAGAAGAAGAAAAGCAAAACAUACAAGUAAAAAGCAGCCGAAGAAGAUCAUUACACAGAACAACAAUCCACACUUGCUUGUAAACAGUUGAAAAAAAAACAACAACACAUACACACAAAUAUCAGUAAUUGAAUAAAACAGUAUCUAAUAUUUCGAAAAGCGUUCUUCUUUGCACUAUCAAGAUUUCGCUUCGCUCGUAAACGGAUCAAUUAUUGUCUUACGCUUACUAAUGAAAGCAAACAUCAACAAAUAACAAGAUAUGAAACCAUCCAACAAACGAAAACUAACUCCAGAGAGCGCUUAGCGUAGAGUGUGUUAUGAGCUUUUGUGCCUCCCCCCGCCUGAAACACGGACCAUCUUUAUAGUUUGUAGGCAUAUGCCGUACGUGUGUGGAAGCAUAACAGACACGCGCGUGCAAGACAAAGAUGUAUUAUGUUUGUUCUCGUUUUGGUUAUGUUGUUUUAUUAUUUUAAACUUUGUUUUGUGCGAACUCGUUUUGCGCGAGAACGGAGGGCUCGUUUUUCUUUUGUUCUUCGAUCGCCUUGUACGUCGUGAUUAACCUACUAUAUUUGCUGUGUUGUGCUGGUUUAUUCAGUGUUGGUAUGAUUUUCGCAUCAUUUAGCAACGAUUUUAUCUUCCAUUAAAUGUGGUUUUACUAUUAAAUCUAAACUGAUUGUGUUUUACCUACUCGGUUGAAUGUUGUGUGGCUUUUAUGUCGAUGUGUGGAAAGUGUACCGUAAUUAUUUAGUGUUUUCAAAUACUGCUUUUAUCCCUGUUUAUAUACGUGUAUACGAUGUUGUUUUGUUUUUGUCUGUGUUAUUAUCCCCCCCACCUUCAUUACCAUUUUGAUCUUGAUGUACUUACCGAACCCUUUUAAAAUGAGAUGCAACAGUUGACUACUACCGCUUCUACUACUGCUACCACCAUUACUACUGUAUGAGUAAGCCAGCUAAAGUUGCCAGCUGUUACGAGUGGCGUGCGCAUAAGAAGGUAUGAAACGAAUCCCAUCCUGCGUCUGAUAUGAUUUGUGUUCGAUACACUGCCCCUGCAACGAAGCACACGACUGAUCAAGGACGUAGAUGGCAACGCGCUUGUAGAGCAAAUAAGAAAUGGGCCUAAGCUAGUGGGCGAGCAGAAACCGUUCAUUCAAACAAAAUCGUUACACACAUUCUACACUUGCUACACUUGCGUUUCGUCGUGUUUAUAGGCUCAUUCAAUCUUCGUGCAUCCUUCGUUGGAAAAUAGAACGAUAACAGACAAGCGAUAAGGGCGUUUUCUGUAAAAAAGGACUGAUAUUUUUGUUUAUGCUUCUCUCCCUUUCGAUCAUCUAACGACGCACUUCUACCUACGUUUACGUAUUUUAAUGGCGUCUGUCCGAAUAAACAUUCACCAAUAAAUACCACUUCACUGCCUCUGUUUCUCUCUCUUUCUCUCUCUCUCUCUCUCUUUCUUUUUCUCUCUUUUUCCCUCACUUCCUCGCUACUCUUCACUCCUUUAUCUCUCCGUCUCUUCUGUUACUUUUCCCUUUACAUAUAUUGCGGCCAAAGGAAAAAAAAUCCUCUUCUCUCUCUCUGUCUCUUGUGUCCUCCCUCGGGCUGUCCACAUUUUUUUCUCGUUCCUCCUUUGUCACACCUAUACUUAGUUUCGAUUCGUCGUCGAUAGCAUCGUUUACUAUCACUGCUACUAAUACAACUACCAACACCAACUGUUUGACGCCUAAGACGCCAAAGCGCAACAUUUGACAGCUGUCACUGUUUGGUACAGCCUUUGUUUGGCAACAACACAGAAUUUAAAUCCUCACGACAUGACCCGCGUACAGUGCGAAACAUCAUUAGUGUGUAGCAACAGAAAUCCCUCUGUCUCUCUCUUUCUUCUUAUCCCUUUCACUCUGUCUCUCUCCCUCUCUUCUCUCUCAGUCUGUCGCUCAUUCGUGGUACAUUCUGUCACAGCUCCUUUCUUUCUGUCUACCUCUCAUCACACUGCUGUCUCGACGAGGUCUGUCCUUUCUCUCCUGUUUCUGUCACUCUUUAUUCACUGAAUGAUUCACCAAACUCAAACCCGUUUCGCAACAGCAAAAAACUGACAAUCAAACAAACAACCACCAAACAAAAAUCUACAUUUUAAAUUACAAAAAAAAAAAAAAUACCACCAACCAUCAAAUUUGGGUAGUUUUUGGAAUGUUUUUCGUGUGUC